UUCUGACCUCUAUGCUUUUAUCAAAAGAACCUGGACAGUUUAUAGGGGAACCGGAAGGGAAACUCGGCGAUGGCAGCACCCAGGCGGCGAUGCUCCAUCCAUCACUCCAUAUCUAUAUUUAGCUGAGACUUCAGACCCCCAUUUUUGCAUCUUUCUUGUGCUGCAACAUUUUACUGUUUCAAGCCUUCCAGAUAAAUUAACUCAAAUGUUUGAUCAUUUCCGAACAGCAGGGAACUGAAAAGCUUCUCUUAUUUAAUAUUCAGCCCUUUCAAGGAUCAUCUUUUUGACUUUCCAGAAGCUGUUAAAACAAGAAUUGUCUAUUCUAGUUUACAUUUAUACAUCUGACAAUUCUUGCGAGGUUGUAAGAAGUCAUGGCGGGAUUCGAGUAUGAUUUCCCUUCAAUUACAUCGUCUGGCCCUCUAAAUCUGUCAAAUUUCCCUGUUGAUGCACUUCCAGGUGAGCAUGACGGGGAUUCUUCGCUGCCGGGGGACACCUUUGGUGCUGUACUCCAGUACCUGAAUCAAAUGCUGAUGGGGGAAGACUUGGAGCAGAGGCCUUGCAUGUAUCAAGAGCUCUCGGCUUUACAAGCUGCUGAGAAAUCCUUCUAUGAUGCCCUCACUGGAGUGGAGGUUAUUAAGGUGGCUGACGAAAAGGAGAAAGAGAGGGACAAAUUUACAAAUGGAUCAGCAAAAAAAAGAAAUCAUUAUAGACAAGAUGAUGAGCAUGUAGAGGCAGGGAGAGCUACAAAGCAAUUUGCCAGUUAUGCUGAAGAGCCAACUGAGAUUUUCGAUGAGGCGCUGCUUUGCUCGAGCUCGAACGCUGGUUCUUGGGAUUUGUCUUACUGUGAGGCAAAACCAGGAAGACGGAAUAACCAGCAGAUUGGCCUAACCCAAGAGCCCAAACGAGGGAGGCCACGUGCUAGUGAGAGGAAACUGAAUAUAAGGGAAGUGGUUGAUAUGAGAAGCCUCCUUACUCAAUGUGCACAAUCCAUAUCAGACUUUGAUAAUCGAACUGCCAACCAAUUGCUGAAUCAGAUUAGGCAACACUCUUCUCCUCAUGGUGAUGGUAAUGAAAGAUUGGCUCAUUACUUUGCUGAUGCCCUUGAGGCACGCGUUUCUGGUAUGGGAACAACUAUGUAUACAGCCUUUUCUACGAGAGUGUCAGCAGCAGAUACAUUGAAAGCCUAUCAGGCAUAUAUCUUGGCAUCCCCCUUCCGCAAAAUGUCAAACAUUCUUACUGGGAAGACAAUUCAAAAACUGACUACAGAAGCAAGCCAAAUUCACAUAAUUGAUUUUGGUAUUCUGUAUGGAUUUCACUGGCCCUGCUUUAUCCAGGCUUUAUCGAAGAGGCCCAGAGGGCCCCCAAAGCUUCGCAUUACAGGUAUAGAUCUUCCCCAACCGGGUCUUCGGCCAGCAGAAAGAGUUGAGGAAACUGGACGUAGGCUUGCCCAUUAUUGCAAGAAAUUCAAUGUUCCAUUUGAAUAUCAUGCUAUUGCAAGGAAAUGGGAAACCAUUAGCCUAGAAGAAUUGAAGAUUGACAGAUGUGAAACAGUCAUAGCAACUUGUUUGUACAGGCUGAGGAAUGUUCCUGAUGAGACAUCAGUUACAAGCAGUGCAAGAGACACCGUUCUCCACUUGAUCAAGAAAAUAAAUCCUGAUCUUUUCGUACAUGGAAUCCUUAAUGGAACAUAUAAUGCUCCCUUUUUUGUCAUGCGGUUUAGAGAGGCACUACAUCAUUUCUCCUCUCUGUUUGAUAUGUUUGAUAAGACCUUACCACGCCAUGAUCAAGAUAGGUUGGUGUUUGAGAAAGAAGUCCUUGGGAGGCAGUCUAUGAAUGUCAUAGCAUGUGAAGGUACUGCAAGGAUUGAGAGGCCAGAGACAUACAAGCAAUGGCAAGCGAGAAAUGAAAGAGCUGGAUUCAGGCAGAUUCCAUUGAACAAGGACAUUGUCAAAGAAGUUAGGGCCAAGGUGAAACUGCAGUAUCACAAGGAUUUUCUGGUGGAUGAGGAUGGCAAGUGGAUACUGCAGGGCUGGAAGGGACGAGUUAUCUAUGCACUCUCAUAUUGGAAGCCAGCUCACGAACAGGCGGAUUGGUGUCUCUGUUGUUCUACAGUGUUCUCAUUAGAAAACAUAAAUACGUGCGCCAAGGUCAAUUUGGAACUGUCGGGCUCAGAUUUGCUGUUGUUUUGUAUGAAUUCAUCCGUUAAAGAACAAAAGGACAAAUUUCACAGCUCAGAAACCUUGACGGUUGGGAUUUCAAGUCAAAGACUCUUCAGUCAGAGGAGCAGAUAUGAAUUUGUUCAUUGAAUUCUCUUCAAACAGAGAUUUUCUUCACUGACGUGAGAAUUGUUCAUUAUUGUAAAUUUGACUUUUUAGCUUCAACAUUUUAAGUUUGUCAUUGCUUGCCUCUAGUCAGAGCAGCAGACAUGAAUUUGUUCAUUGAAUUCUCUUCAAAUUUUAGAUUUUCUUCUCUGACGUGAGAAUUGUUCAUGUUUGUAAA